GCAAAACGUGCCUCACCGUACCAACACAGCGCCAUUACAAUUAUUACAGGACCGAUCUCAAAACGAAGGAAUUAGGGGCGAACGCCAACACGCAGUAGCGGUGGAAAAUCCCCAAUUCCCAUGGCGACUCGCGCGCCGCCGCCGUACUCGUCGUCAGCCGGAUCCGUGACCGUGACCGUGACCGUUGACCCCUCCCCCUCUUCGUCCUCCUCGGCCCCGCCACCGGCGACGGCCGCGCCGCCGCCGGCGGAGGCGGUGGUGCUGCGGCUGAAGCGGCGGGGCAAGAAGGUGUCGUGGAAGGAGGGAACGGUGGACAACGAGGGCCUCGGCCGCAAGAGCUCCAAGAAGUGCUGCAUCUUCCACAAGGAGGUCCCCUUCGACGAGGACUGCAGGGACGAUGAGGCCCCCGGCGGAGGGCACCAGUGCCCGCGGGGAGAUGCUGGCGAGGGCACCAGCGGCAGCGGCGGUGGCGGAUGCCCGUCCUCCUCCCACGACCACAGCCAUCACCACCCCUGAUCUCGGUGCGGAUUGAGGCUUCUUGAUCCCUCGUUGCUUAUAUUCAAUCUGCUGUGAUGAAAUUUUGUGAUCUGAUGAUGUAAUUAGUUGAGUGGAAAUGCUGAAUUCGUGCUCAAUUGUUGGGGAGACUCUGUUCUUCUGGGCGAUUCACUGGUCAAUAUAUAAUCCUUGUUGACUUCAUUGUAUUUGCCUCUUAUAUUGUAGCAGUUUGCUGUUUGUUAAUGAUGAACUGAGGUUGCUCCUA